AUGGUUUGGUUGGGUGUUAGCAUCUCCGAUGACGACUGCAACAUCUCCGAUGACUGCAGCACCGACGACCGUCACACACCAAACCCGAGACCAGCGCGCAUCAAGGGAGCUCUUACUCAUCUGAAAGAUUACUACGUUCAUCCCCUUCGAACCUCUCCUUCUCGAGUUCCUCAUCCCCUCACCACCGCGUUAGCGCCACACAGUCUUCCCCUUCCCUUAACAACUGGUCCGACCUCCGCCGUCACCAUCUCCAUGGCUGACCACAAAACCAGGAAGACUACGACAGAUCGCCUUGAAGAAGCUAUCGCCCGUCUCACCAACAGCCAAGUUUCCAUUAACGAUCGUUAUAACGACCUCGCCGGCAAGGUUGAUUUGAUCUUGGAACAUCUCCAUCUCCACGCUUCUGAUAACAAUACCAACACCACUACUUCGAGUUACCCAAAUCAUCAACGUAGCGCUGUUAAGAUCGACAUACCACGAUUCGAUGGACGCGAUCCGUUAGGGUGGAUCUUCAAGAUAACUCAGCUCUUCCAAUACCAGAACACACCGGAGGACGAAAGAAUCACGGUGGCAUCCCUAUACCUUGAUGGUGCAGCCUUAAGCUGGUACCAAUGGAUGUACAUCAAUUGGCUUAUCACCACAUGGAAUGGGUUCCUCCAAGCAUUAGAAUCGCGAUUCGCGCCGACGUUCUACGAGGAUCCAAAAAGGGCAUUGUUUAAACUUACACAAACAAGUACGGUGAAUGAAUAUUUGACUGAUUUUGAGCGUUUUGCUAACCGUGUGGUGGGACUUCCACCCUCAUUCCUUUUGAGUUGUUUCAUUUCGAGGCUCAAACCCGAUGUACAACGGGAGGUUCUUGCUCUCCAGCCGAUAUUGUUUUUGCAGGCUUCUGCAUUGGCCAAGCUUCAGGAAGAGAAGUUGCGUGAUCGAACGUUCCUACCAGCUCGAAACUCUAUCCCUCCAAACCGACCAUCAAUAGCACGCCUCAGGUGCAAAGGGUGGGUAUUACUGUUCAUAGCCGACGAACAACCAUCACCUCCUGACUCCACAGACCACGACUUCGUUGAGAAUCAGACCUUGGCCUUCGAGAACGAUCCUGCUCCCUCCUCGGACAUAGACUCACACAUCAGUCUCCAUGCGCUCGUCGGAGUACCCUCAUCAGAAACUUUCCAAAUCUAUGGCAUGAUUAAGAACGCCCGCCUCACGGUCCUGGUUGACAACGGAAGCACUCAUAACUUCCUCCAACCACGAAUCGCGCAAUUUCUCAAGCUCUCAACCCAGAACACUCAUCCUCUCCAAGUAAUGGUUGGGAACGGAUCCAUGCUAGCAUGUGAUCAAAUUUGCCCAAGCACUAACCUCACUAUUCAAGGACAUCCUUUCAUGGUGUCAUUUCACCUCCUGCAGAUAAGCGGAGCCGACGCAGUGCUCGGAAUAGAUUGGCUACGCCGUUUAGGGCCAGUCACGACGAAUUACGCGGAUUCCAUCAUGAGUUUCAAUCACUUGGGUCACGACAUCACUCUGAGAGAAGAUGUUUCCAUUGGACCCGAACCCACCUCUGCGGCCCAACUUAAACGCCUCCUCCAGACGGGUUCUACAUCAGCCCUCUACCAACUACACGUUUUACCCGUAACCGAACCCGAACAACCCGCACCGCCACACCCGAUUCCAGCUAUGGAACACCUUCUUCUCCGCUAUAAUCAUCUUUUCCAGAAACCUUCCACUAUUCCUCCCCCACGACAAGUGGUCCACUGCAUCACCCUCAAGCCGGCCACUCCCCCAAUCACCGUUCGUCCCUACCGAUACCCCCACUUCCAAAAGAACAAGAUCGAAAACCAGGUCUCUGAGCUCCUCGCCGCCGGUCUGAUCAGACCAAGCACCAGUCCCUAUUCUUCCCAGUGCUCCUCGUGA